CUCGUUCUCGGUAUCUCGGUUAACUUCUAGUCUCGCUGAUCGGCUGAUCUAAGUGAUUUUGCAUCCCUGGCGCAUGUGAUUUAUCUUUAUCAGGAUGUCCGAUUAUUUUAUUCAGUCUGUUUUUCCGUGGAAAGUGCGUGUGAUGUGUGCUGUGCACCCUGCAUGACAGAGAACAACAAUAACAACAACCAGCUCCAAAAGUUAAUAGUAUAAAUAAAACUUUAGUACGAAGCUACUUGUAAACUCUUGUAUUGGCAUCUGAUAGUGAGCCAUACACACAGCUGGGCCUGUCUGGCUUGUUCCUGGUGCACACUAACGCGCUCAUUGACUCUGAACAGCUAAACAGCUUAGCUUAACUGCAUAUAGAGAUUGACACAGUUGACACAGAUGAGAACGAGUCAGCCAGAGGUAGACUGGAGGAAAGAGGAGGACGUCCAAUUAAACGGAGUGUUAUACAUAUAGAUACAGGGCAAACGAGGACGCGCGCAGCAGCAGCAAAGCAUAUAGCGCAGCAGCAACAGCAGUGACAGCAAAGAUUAGGUGGCAGAGGAGUCCGGAGCGGAGCUGGAUCGCCCGAGCAGCUCUCCACCUCCUCCAGGGCGUCGAACGCCCCAGCUGACGGCUUCGCUGCUGCCUCCUGCAGGCGAGCUGCAGCUUGUUAUACCAUUCGAGUCAGCUAGUCCUCCCCCCCCCCUUCUCACUCUCUCUUUUUCCCUUCGUCCUGUCUCGUUCUAAAAACAAAAGUACUUCCCACUAGUACCCAUAUUUUUUCCCAGCUUUUGCGCACCGAGGGGGCUACAACAAAUAGAAUAGCUCUCUCGCUUCGCACAUUGUUUUUUUUUCUCAAGCUCCAUUUUAUCUCUUUCUCUCCCUCGUUACCCUCCAUUUAUCCAUUCUGCUGUGUGCCUCGGCUGCGCGCUCAAUGGAUUCACCCGCGCGACCGCCCCAGCCAGCAAAGAUGUGUGUGCGGAGCAGUGUGUGGGGAUCUCUCGCGCUCUCCGAUAAGAAUAUGUUAAUCGGCUGCGUUUUCACAUCGAUUUGAAUCCAGAAGUGUACAGUCACGGCUUUCCGCUCCGCAGGCUUCGUCUGGCACAGAGGGCUCCAGUCCAGCCUCUAGUCCAGCUUCAGCUGCCAGCCUAGCUGCAGCAAUGGCUGCCCCGAAAUUCGGUACCCUCGUGCCGAACCGCAUUUUCGUCGGUGGGAUAUCGGCGAGUACAAGCGAAGCGGAACUGGCCCAGCUAUUUUCCGCCUACGGUAAUGUCAAGGCCACGAAAAUUAUCGCUGACCGAGGUGGUGUAUCGAAAGGCUACGGUUUUGUCACUUUCGAAACGGAAGAGGAGGCGAAGCGUCUUCAACAGGAGUCCGAGUGCAUUGUACUUAGAGAGAGAAAGUUAAAUAUUGCUCCUGCAAUUAAAAAGCAGCCAUUUAAUCGUUCGUUUGAUGGAGGGACUGGAUCUCCUCCCGUGGCACCCACUAGUACAUAUUAUUACACAAAUGGAAUGGGUAUUCCUUACCAAAAUGGCAUGACCUUCUACAAUGCAGGAGCCACAGCGCCAGGUGCUGCGAUAGCUCAAACUGCAGAUCCAGCCGCGCUUUAUCAAGCUGCAGGAGUUUUCGGACCUCAAGCCACUCCAGGUCAUCAGACUUACGCACCCAUGAUGUACCCGGUGCCAGCGCCCUCGCUCUAUAUGCCGCAACAGUAUCAGUAUUCCCCAAUGCCGUAUGAGCCGUACUUCCCAGGGACAACCGCUGCCGGGGCGUCAUUCAUUUACACGAGCAGUGUACCGCAGUCACAGACGGGCGGAAAUGGCUCAGGUAACGGUAGUAGCGGUAGCACAACAGGAGCGGCCAGUUCUGGCUCAGCGUCUGGCCCUCCGUCAAUGGGUCCCUCGCCACCUCAGUUCCAGACGCACUUCUAUGGGCCAGCUAGUGCGCAUCAUCAUUCAGCAGCCAUGUCCACUAGUACACCUCACGGGCUGCCUCCGCCGAUGGAGCACAUUUAUUAUUCCUAUCCACCACCUCAAUCGCACGCUCAAGCACCACCCCAUCAUGGCCCACUUGCCCUUGCAUCUGAUCAGUUGCUUGUCUACACCACAGAGAUAGCUGGUCAACCCAUAGGAAAUGAUUUGCAAGUCAGCCAGCAUGAGGAAUCUCGAUCGACAUCUAAUCACUCGGAGCAGCUACAGACAAGCACAACGUCGGACAGUGGCGGAGGCCCCGGUGGCGGUAGUUCCAAUCAUCAUCAGUCUAGCGCACACUCGUCGGACCCCCAAAACCUCACUCACAAAUAUCCCGCAGUCAAUCUCAGUAACCGUUAUCCAAAUUAUCAGAGUAUUCCCCAGCCAACAAACACCUCCCUAGCACAACAGCAGCAGCAAGCCAUGAACAAUGGAGUUUUCACGAGCGACGAGUCGACAAGCGCUGGUGCCCCUCCUAUGCACCAUUACCGUAUCUACUCGACCCCCGUGUACGUCCCACCUCCGGUCACCCAGUACUCCCCCGUCGUUUCCAGUCCUGGCGCCAGUCUCCUUCCCACCCCGCCUCCACCCACGUCUUACGAAAAAUUCCGUUCCGACUACUCCCCUGUGAAGCCCGCGGGCGCCGGCCUCGUUGGCAGCAGUCCCUACGCCAAGGGUGCUCCGCUUAUUCACCAGUCGCCGACCUACGUUAAGCCAUACGGCAGCCUGAACCUCCAAUCGUCGCCGUCGUCGUCCACCACACACAACGUGUCAGGCCACCAAAAGUACCAGCCUCGGUUACCCCAGCAGCAACAGCCACAUUACGGCAAAUCCCGAACUGGAGCCAGCCAUCAACAACAGCAGCAUCAGCCGACUUUUUACUACUCGGCCAAGGCCUGCCAGUACUCACCGGCAAACGCGCGAUCCGGUCAACCACCGGCCUUCGUUUACAGAGGCCCGCAGCUCUCUGCUUACGCUCUACCGCACAUGGGUUCUCCUCACAAGGGCUUUCUGAGCACGGCUGGCGAACACCCCCCGGGCCCCGGGCGUAGGAGUGCCGAGCACUCGGACAAGCAGCAAAAUGCCCGUCACAAGAACCUGGUCAACAGUUACCGUGGCUCCAAUCUCACGAUGAGCCCCAAGGCAGGGGCCCCCCCGGCCGGCAGUGGACAAGAACGCACAGCCAGUCCUGCCAACAGCAACAGCGGAGAAACUAGCGCGACCGGGACGACAACCACGGCUACGACGACGAAUUGCAGUAACUGCAGUAGUAGUAAUGUCGCCGCCACGAGUGGCCCCGAGGUGGCGAACGCGACGGUCUGCAAGCCGGCUAGCGGCGCUCCUACCCCUCCCCCAUCCCCGUACUCCCCUACGACGCAUCCUCACCCAACUGUCUCACCGUCUCCCAAUCCCAACCAGGUCCAACUGUUUGGUUCGAGCGGCCAGCAGCAGCAGCAGCAGCAGCAGCAGCAGCGUUACAACACUCCGGCAUCCGGUCUCUCGCAGCAACAGCAGCGCAACACCGGAAGCAGAUACCAGUCCUCCUCGUCGAUUGGCGGGCGCGUUGGUGGUGCCGGCAAGUCCUCGGGCGUUGUGCGCCAGUCGAGUGGAGCCGGAGGCGGCAAGUACAAAGUCAACGGUAUGGUUCAAUCCGGCAAGCUCGACGAAACGCCGACGAACCUCGGCGGUGCCGGUGACGCGCCGUCCAUGAGCAACCGGCUGCCCUUGACGCCUCCCGGUACACCUCAACAACAGCAACAACCGCAGGGCGAGCAGACGCAACAGCCGCAGAUCGGUGAGGCGUGCCAUCAGAUGCAAGCGCUCAGUCUCUGAAGCGAGUCCGGAUAGUAGAGCCCAGCGGGGCCGAGCUAAAUGCGCCCUCGUGUCUUCCUCCCGCGUUUUUCGACCGCUGCUCGUGCUCAUUCUCGCCCUGACUUCGAAAGCGCGCUCGCGAAUCAAGCGGCUCUCGUCGUGUUGUUACGUUGUUAUGCUUGUUACGUUCGAUUAUUACGCGACGUAGUGAGUCCGAUCGGCAAGAGGACGAGCCGCGCGCUCUAUAUACGUAUAAAUACUGUAUGUGAUCUCAGAGUCCUUAUCGUUCGACGAGCUACGUAAUUAUUUAUAUAUAAAAUUAUAAUGUAUAAUAUAUACAUCGUUUACGGCUGUCUGAACAAACCGGUGUUGUUGUUGUUGAUGACGAUAAUGACGCUGCAUCGUGCUCAAGCUCACGCGAAAACGAUAAUUGUAGCGAGGACGACGACGACGACGACGCAGUGACGAUUUACGGUGACUUGUUGAAUAUUUAUAGUAAGAUAAUUUAACGAAAAUUAUUAUGAAAACUUAUAUAAUUCAUAAGGUGAGAGAAGUAUAUAUAUAUA